UUUUCUUAAGAGUUGAAUUGUGACGACAACCGGGAUGAAAGAAGCCGAUGACACGAAAGAAUCCGAUAUGAUCCCGGACGCGGAGGUGCCGGAGGAAUUCAAGUGAUACGGGAUGAAUUGAGGGAGAGUUUGAUUGGCACUUUUACAAACGUAGCCAUCCACAGUGAUGCGGUCAAGAUGCUGGUUACACACAAUUUAGUUAGGAUUUUUACUAUUACUGACCCGAUGGAUACUUUGAAGAUAAGCUAUCGGAUUGCUUCCACGAUGGAUACUAGGAGGGAUCUAAGCCUUCGGAUAGCUGAAGCGAGGGAUACUAGGAUGAAUAUAAGCCUCCAGAUAGCUGCUGCAACCACUCUCGACAAAAUUAAGGAGUGGGUUCUUUUUGUCGAUUCUCAUCCCAAAACUGGUAACAAAAUCAUGAACUACCUCGAUGAAAUGUUGAAGGCACGCGAUGCUCGGGCAGUGGAAGAGAGCAUCGGCGCAAUACUGAAUCUGUGUUCCCUCUCGGGUAACAUAGAGCAUGCCGUUGAAAAAGGUAUGGUGGAGACGUUGUUGGGAAACAUCAGGAGCAAUGUGUUUGGGGAUGAUAUGCUACGAAUUCUUGCUGUGUUUUCGACCUGCAGGAGUGCGGUUAUUGAGAUGGCCGAGCGCCAGGCCAUCACCCACUUGUCCACAUUCAUGAGGAGAAAUUCUAGUCCGCAAAACGAAGAGAAUUUCGUGACCAUCCUUCAUGAGAUCUGCUGCAUCUGUCCUGGCACGUGGUACGAAAUGACAUCACUAGAAGAUGAUCGUUGUUUGUUCCGUCCCCCCGGUCGUUUCUUCUCUCGCCUCGUUGAAAAAGGCUCUCCAACCUCCAGAUUCAAAGCUAAUGGCAUACUGGCCAGGAUAUAUCAGGACGAGUGAACCAGAUUCGAUUCAACAAAGCUACAUGGACAAGAGGCAGAGUUGUCAUUGCUCCCGUUAUAAUUAAUUAUUUUGGUUGAACACUAAAUGUUGAUGUUUUAGUUAUUUAAGUACUGGUGCUACUUUCUUAUCAUUUUCUCCUCUGUCCCUAUCCAAA